AUGGCAGGGGACGUGGAAGGGUUUAGUUCCUCCAUCCAUGACACCAGUGUCUCUGCUGGGUUCAGAGCACUGUAUGAGGAGGGAUUGCUUCUUGAUGUCACACUUGUCAUUGAAGAUCACCAAUUCCAGGCACAUAAAGCACUCCUUGCCACCCAGAGUGACUACUUCAGGAUAAUGUUCACAGCUGACAUGAGGGAGCGAGAUCAGGACAAAAUUCAUUUGAAAGGUCUGACUGCUACAGGCUUCAGCCAUGUCCUACAAUUCAUGUACUAUGGAACUAUAGAACUGAGUAUGAAUACUGUUCAUGAAAUCCUACAGGCUGCCAUGUAUGUUCAACUUAUAGAAGUGGUGAAGUUCUGCUGCUCUUUUCUCUUAGCCAAAAUCUGCUUAGAAAAUUGUGCAGAAAUUAUGAGACUCUUAGAUGAUUUUGGUGUAAACAUCGAGGGAGUCAGGGAGAAGUUGGACUCCUUUCUGCUAGAGAACUUUGUGCCACUAAUGUCAAGACCUGACUUCCUGUCCUAUCUGAGCUUUGAAAAGCUUAUGUCUUAUUUGGAUAAUGACCGUCUGAGCAGGUUCCCAGAGAUAGAACUGUACGAGGCUGUUCAGUCUUGGCUGCGGCAUGAUAGAAGACGCUGGAGACAUACCGAUACCAUCAUUCAGAACAUCAGGUUUUGUUUGAUGACCCCAUCCAGUGUUUUUGAGAAGGUUAAGACGUCAGAAUUUUAUAGAUACUCUCGGCAGCUACGACAUGAAGUUGACCAAGCCCUGAAUUACUUUCAUAGUGUUCACCAGCAGCCUUUGAUGGAAAUGAAAUCCAGCCGCAUCCGUUCUGCCAAACCCCAGACUGCAGUAUUCAGAGGAAUGAUAGGACAUAGCAUGGUAAAUAGUAAAAUUCUUCUUUUACACAAACCACGGGUCUGGUGGGAGCUGGAGGGUCCACAAGUACCUCUGCGACCAGACUGCCUUGCCAUCGUGAAUAACUUUGUGUUCUUGUUAGGCGGGGAAGAACUGGGGCCAGAUGGUGAAUUCCAUGCUUCCUCCAAAGUGUUCAGGUAUGAUCCAAGACAAAAUACUUGGCUGAGAAUGGCAGAUAUGUCUGUUCCACGUUCAGAAUUUGCAGUUGGUGUCAUUGGUAGGUACAUCUAUGCUGUGGCUGGAAGAACAAGGGAUGAGACGUUUUAUUCAACAGAACGUUAUGACAUCACGGAAGACAAAUGGGAAUUUGUGGAUCCUUAUCCAGUCAAUAAAUAUGGACACGAGGGGACAGUGCUUAGUAACAAGUUGUUUAUCACUGGUGGAAUUACUUCAUCUUCCACUUCCAAACAAGUGUGUGUAUUUGAUCCUAGUAAAGAAGGAACAGUAGAACACCGAACUAGAAGAACUCAAGUAGUUACUAAUUGUUGGGAGAAUAAGUGCAAAAUGAAUUAUGCGAGAUGCUUUCACAAAAUGAUUUCUUACAAUGGUAAGCUUUAUGUGUUUGGCGGUGUCUGCGUGAUCUUAAGAGCGUCUUUUGAGUCACAAGGAUGUCCUUCCACAGAAGUUUAUGACCCAGAUACUGAUCAGUGGACUAUCUUGGCAUCAAUGCCAAUUGGUAGAAGUGGUCAUGGUGUAGCUGUAUUGGACAAACAAAUAAUGGUUCUUGGAGGCCUUUGCUAUAAUGGUCAUUACAGUGAUUCUAUUCUCACAUUUGAUCCUGAAGAAAAUAAAUGGAAAGAAGAUGAGUACCCACGGAUGCCCUGUAAACUAGAUGGUUUACAAGUAUGCAGCCUGCAUUUUCCUGAAUAUGUAUUAGAGCAUGUUAGACGUUGCAGCUAA